AUGGCAUUCCGUACAACUCUGCUAUACGGCGACUCCGGUUUGGAGGCGGAGCCUAACAUUCAAACGAAAAACCUGCUCGACUUCUCGGACAGCGACAAAGCGAUCCCACUAAUCGAGGAUCAAGUAUACGACGAGGCCCCAUUGAAUACAGUACUCCGUCUGAUUUCAGUACAUUCUUUGACUUGUGGCGGACUCAAAGCCUCCGUCCUCCAACAUUAUCGUCGUAUUGUCAAUCAAUCGUACGGCUCGCACGCCUUGAAUAAAGUGCUGAAAAUGCAAAAAAUGGGAUUAAUUCGAGAGAAAGGAGGUCAUGGGAAGAUGCAAUGCGAGUACGCUCCAAUGCUAUUUCAGCAGAUGAAGAAGAAUUAUGACAUGUUGCCAGAGAAUUUCAGUGAGGCAAAGUUGAAUGAUAUGGCCUACGCGUAUAGUGGAUUCUCACCACUUCUCUGUAAAAUUCUCGAGGAAGGAGACCGUGUGAAAUGGGCGGGAUGGCCGAAGACAAUGCUCGGAGAGGAUUUGGAUCCGAUCAGUGACAAGGAUCCACGUGGAACUUGCAUCUUUGUGAUCGGAGGGUUGACGAGGUCGGAGAUGGCAUUGAUUCGGGAGAAUCUACCGAAUAUCGCAUUGAUUACGACGAGUGCACUGAUUACGGGAGACAAAUUGUUGAAUAAUAUCACCAAUAUUUGA